AUGGGGAAAGACUACUACGACAUUUUGGGAAUUAAAAAAGACGCUUCCGAGGACGACAUAAAGAAAGCUUAUCGUAAGCAAGCUCUUCGCUAUCACCCGGACAAGAACAAGUCGCCAGGAGCUGAGGAUAAAUUUAAAGAAAUCGCCGAAGCUUACGAUGUCCUGAGCGACCCAAAGAAAAAGGACAUUUACGACCGAUUUGGAGAAGAAGGACUGAAAGGAGGUGGACCAUCUGGUGGUGGCGGCGGUCCUGGCAACUUUAGCUACACGUUCCAAGGCGACCCACACGUCAUUUUUUCAGAGUUCUUCGGUGGUCGAAAUCCUUUUGAGCAAUUCUUUGGUGGGCGCAAUGGUGGCAUGGAUGAGGACAUGGACACUGAUGACACCUUUGCCCGCUUUGGAAUGGGUGGUAGCGGCUUCCCUCGCUCCUUCAGCUCAGGUAUGGGAGGCUUUGGCGGUCACAGUAGUGUUGUGAAGAAACAACAAGACCCCCCUGUGGUCCAUGAUCUUGGGGUGACCUUGGAAGAAGUACUGUCUGGUUGCACAAAGAAAAUGAAGAUCUCGCGCAAAAGGGUGAAUCCCGACGGGCGAACGCUUAGGAGAGAGGAGAAAAUCCUGGAGGUUCAGAUAAAGAAGGGAUGGAAGGAAGGCACUAAAAUCACGUUUCCCAAAGAAGGGGAUGAAACCCCGACAAACAUUCCAGCUGAUGUGGUGUUCGUGUUAAAGGACAAACCGCAUGCUGUGUUCAAGCGUGACAACUCUGACAUUGUUUACACAGCCAAGAUCUCACUUCGAGAUGCCUUAUGUGGCUGUACAGUCAACGCGCCUACACUUGAAGGCCGAGUCGUAACAGUGACAUCAACAGAUGUGGUGCAGCCCGGGAUGAAAAGGCGCAUUAGCGGAGAGGGGCUGCCGUAUCCUAAGCGUCCAGACCGUCGAGGUGACCUGAUUGUGGAAUAUGAGGUGAAAUUCCCUGAACGGCUCAGUCAAAGUGCUCGGGACACCAUCGCCUCAGUUCUUCCUCGGUCGUAA